AAGAUUUGAGAAAGGUGUUCAGAGUAAUAGAAAUGGCAAUAACUGCUUUUAUAACAACAGAACGACGUAUAUGAAUAUAUUUUCUAUGCCUCGCAAAAUAUUGGUGUGUUAAACCUUAAAGAAGGACGUUUGCCAAAAGUUUUACUGUAAAAUACAACUCAAGAGAAAAAAAUAUUUGACAUGGACAACCACUUUCCUUUACCUGCCCAAGUUGUACAGUCGACUACCCAAAACCAGCUUCGUCAGUUUUGGAGCAAUCAACUUGCAGAAGUACAAGGAGUCUGUGAUUUUAAAAACCAAAUUCUUCCUCUGGCAAGAAUUAAGAAAAUAAUGAAGUUAGAUGAAAAUGUUAAAAUGAUCUCAGCCGAAGCUCCAAUAUUGUUUUCAAAAGCUUUAGAAAUUUUUAUUUGCGAGCUCUCACUUCGGGCUUGGGCCCACACUGAGGAAAACAAAAGACGCACUUUACAAAAAAUUGAUAUAGGCACGGCUGUAACGAGAUGCGAUAUGUAUGAUUUUUUGAUAGAUAUUGUGCCUCGUGAUGAUAUCAAAGCUAAGAGAGCUGAGGAGGCGCUCCACCACCAGUCUGCUAUUACAAUGCCUGGUGCUACUGUUCCCACGGGCAUGGGCUCCGACCCGUAUUAUUACUACCAGUUUGCUCCUCAGGAUAUGUUUCAGCAACAACAGCCGUAUCAACUCGUUCCACAGCCACAACUCGAGCCUGGCAACCACCAGAUUCCGCAAAAUAUACAUUCUCAAAAUUUUAAUGCUGGGCAGCAGGUACAUCAAUUUCAAUCUCAGUAUGGAACUCAGUAUAUGUGAGUUUGGCAGAAUAUUAGUAUUGUCUUUGUUAAG